AUGGCGCCUUUCCCUCCUCCUCCAGUCAACACCAUUGACUGGUCCAACGUGGGCUUCCGCGUGCGCGAAGUCAAUGGCCACGUCGAGUCGCACUACUCGGUCAAGACGGGCACGUGGACGGCGCCCGUGUUCGUGACGGACCCCUACAUGAAGAUCCACGGCAUGGCGCCGGCGCUCAACUACGGGCAGCAGGCGUACGAGGGCCUCAAGGCCUUCCGCCUGCCCGGCAACGACGUCAUCUCCAUCUUCCGGCCCGACCGCAACGCCGAGCGCCUGCAGCACAGCGCCGAGUUCAUCAGCGUGCCGCCCGUGCCCACGGACCUGUUCCUGGCCGCCGUAAGGGGCGCCGUGGCCCUCAACGCCGAGUACGUGCCGCCGCACGAGACGGGCGCCGCCAUGUACAUCCGCCCGCAGGUCUACGGCAGCUCGGCCCAGCUCGGCCUCAACCCCCCGGAAGAGUACACCUUUUGCGUCUUCGUGCUGCCCACGGGCGUCUACCACGGCAGCCACCCCGUCAAGGCGCUGAUCAUGGACGACUUCGACCGCGCCGCCCCCAACGGCACCGGCAGCGCAAAGGUCGGCGGCAACUACGCCCCCGUGCUGCGCUGGAGCGAGCGCGCCCGCACCCAGGGCUAUGGCAUCACCCUGCACCUCGACAGCAAGCGUCACGAGGAGAUUGACGAGUUCAGCACCAGCGGCUUCAUCGGCGCGCUGGUCGACGGUGACGACGUCACCCUCGUCGUGCCCGACAGCAAGGCCGUCAUCAACAGCGUCACCAGCGACAGCAUCCAGCAGAUCGCCAAGAGUUUCGGCUGGAAGGUGGAGAAGCGGCCGAUCAACUACUCGGAGCUGCCCAGCUUCACCGAGGUUAUGGCCGCCGGCACGGCGGCGGCGCUGGUGCCGAUCCGCUCCAUCACGCGGCGCGUGGCUGCUGCUGGCGCCUCGCAGCAGCAGGAGGCGCACGCGCGCGUGGCGCUCGAGGACGGCCAGGAGACGGUCACGUACAUCCCGGCCGACGUGGACGAGGCCGGCGCGCUGUGCGCCAAGCUGCUCGCCAAGCUGCAGGGCAUCCAGCUGGGCCGCGAGGACGACCGGUUCGGCUGGCGCUUUCUCGUCGGCGAGAGCGACGCCAAGGCCAUCCUGGGCAGCGUUGCUGCUGAUCCUGCUGGUGAUACCAACGGGCAGACGAUCGACCAGCUUGACUAG